AUGGUCGACAAGAAACGCAUCCAAAGGAGCAGCACCGCCAAAGUACGUGCGAAACGACAGGCAAAGACCGAGCUCUCCGUACAGAUAUUCCCAAAUUGGGCGCAGCAAGGGAGCACAUCCGGCGGACCACCGCCGAUUCUCACUCCGUUGUUCAUCCCUCCCAGGCUCACACCUAGUGUGGCCCCUCCGCCACCCGUGCAGGGGAGCAUCACCACCCCGGUGCGGGAGUACUUUCGAAACGAGACUUACCCUCUUCCCGGGUCCGUCUCCUACAUCCGGGGCCGGCAGGUCCCGCCUUCCUUCUACCCAGACCUUCUCGCCGCUCUCCAACGGGAAGUCCGCACGCACAUGCCACAGUAUUCCCCCGCAACCUGGCAGGAAUGUGCCGAGAGCAUGGCGCUGACGAUGUCCAAGGGUGACCCGAGCGCGCGCGACUACAGAUGCGAGAUGUGCGCCAUGCUCGUGCUGGGAGUGGAUGGGAACCGGAGGUGCAGAGCGAGGUUUGACAAGACUGAUGAGGUCGUGGAGACCGACCUGGAUUAUGAUAUGUACAUCCUCCGCCCGGCGCUAGACUGCCCUAUAGACGCCUUCGGCACGCCCGCUGGCGAUCCGCCGAGGAUCCUGUACCCUUCCCCUCCCCUCCCGCCGCCCAACGUGACCGUGCUCCAGACAUACUGGAUCCGCACGGAGGAAGAGCCACAGGAUAAGCUGUUCUUGUUAUACGAGAUCGGGGCGGGGAGGGGACUGAGGAAGGGGUGGAUGGAUGAACCUGUUUGGGUUUGA